AUGACUUCUUACUCUACAGAUAUAAAAUUUAAAUUAGAAGGUAGCUCGCAAUCGGCGCUACUGACCCAGCCAGCACUGCAAGAACGACGAGGUUCACCUAAUUGUGCUUCGACAUCAAACAUUGAUAAAGAGUGUGUUUCAUCACCAGCGCAACGCCAACGAAGCUCUCCAUCCUCAAGUGAUUCUUCAGUAGUUCGAAGGCCAGAUUCAGGAUUGUCUUCAUCACCACGUCUAAAAACACCACCACGAUCACCAAAAUCUUCUGAUACACUUUCACCACGACCAGUCCCACCAGCCGAAGACAUUUAUGAAGAGUAUGUGCCAUCACCACCGCCACGACGACCACGCUCUCCGUUCUCAUGUGAUUCCUCAGUAGUUGUAAGACCAGAUUCAGGAUCGUCUUCUUCACCUCAACCACGACCACCCCCAACACCAUCACCACCAUCGACACCGUCUACAUCUUCAUCCUCUUCAACAUCAGAUCGUGAAUAUCGGCAUCAAAGAAUGAGCGGUGUACUUGCUUGCGCGGACAAUAGUGAGAAGAAGUUUGCUUGCGCGGACAAAAAGACCUCCAAGCAGACCUCGACACACAGCGCGGUCAUAUCAGUACUUCCCGCCACGGUUUCCAUCACCAGUGCCGCCAUUGCCAUCAACAUCGCCGCCACCACCACCACCAUGGACAGCGCCGCUAUUAGCAUCAAUAUCACUGCCACUGCAAUCGAUAGAGCUGCCAUCGACAGCGCCACCAUUGCCAUCAACAUUGCCACCACUGCAGUCAACAGCGCCAUCAUUACCACCAACAUUCCCGCCACUGCCAUUGACAGCGCCGCCAUUAACAUCAAUAUCACCGCCACUGCCAUGGACAGCGCCACCAUUGCCAUCAACAUUGCCGCCACUGCCAUGGACAGCGCCACCAUUGCCAUCAACAUUGCCGCCACUGCCAACCACAACGCCGCCAUUAACAUCAACAGCACCGCCACUGCCUACGACAGCGCCACCAUUGCCAUCAAUAUCACCGCCUUUGCCAUCGUCAGCGCCACCAUUACCAACAACAGCACCGCCACUGCCAUUGACAGUACCACUAUUGCCAUCAAUAUUAUCGCCACUGCCAUCAACAGCGCCAUCAUUGCCGCCAUUACUAUCGACAGCGCCACCAUUGCCAAAGUGCCCACCCUUACCAAAGUAAAACCAUUGUAA